AAUGUUUAGCAGAACACAAGGAUGAAUGGGAAGUCUCAUACAUCAACACGAGGAUAAACGACGUAUACUACCUUCUCAACAACAACGUGGACUGGCUGAGCACUAAAAUCGAGCUACUACAGCAAGAUCUGGACACCAUUCGCAAGAAGGACCAACAACCAGCCACAUCGAUCGACGUGUGUACCAUCACAUCGCUCGACGCUAAGAUCUCAGCCAUGGAUGAUAGGCUGCAGACUUAUGAAGACAUGCAUGACCACUUCGUAUCACCAGUCAUGCUACAUUUAAACAAACUGUCUAGUCAAAUACUUCAUGCCCAAAGGGAUAUUGAUAAAAUUACUAAUCAAAAUUUUUUGCAGGCAAACUCAUCUUCGAUCGACAGGCUACGAGGGCCUUGGAUAGAUGGCAAGAAUCCUGUGGAGUUAUUUCCAUACACAGCAGCAGAGGUUGACAAGAUCACAUCCAAGUUCUACACUGCUAUAGGCACCAUGGAGGAACGACUUGACAAACGCUGCGAUGACAUCUACUUUCCAUUCGACAAUAGAAUCGGUGGACUAGACAGCUACGCAGAAUGGCUACAGAAAGAAUUCAAAGCCAUUCAGAUGCAACUCGCAGCUCAACACCAGAUAUCGGCAACGAUCGACAGGAAGCGAGCGAAAUCGCUCGAUGGUAAGUCGCCGAGAUCGACCGACGAACACUUAAUCGCAUCGAUCGACGCCGAGUCUACACCAGCCGGCGAGCAGCUGAUACACAAAAGAAUAGAGUCAAUGCACGAGGAACUAACAGAACUUUCAGCAUACGCCUAUGACAACAUAGGCUGGCACCAGGUCAGCAUUGACAACGUUCAGGAUAGGCUACAAAACAUUUCCAAUGCACUUAAGAAGAUGGAUGACAAAUGGACAAGAAAUGAUGAGGCCACAAGAAGUUUCAUUGCAUCUUGGUCCAGAAUGUGCAGAGACGACGUGGAUGCUUGUUUUCCAACAAGCUGCUGUUUAUCCACCAAAUAGCCAGUCACUACCACAGUCAAGCUAAAUGACUAUAACCAAGCGCUGAGUGGGAGGCAACCAACUAUUAGGUAUUUUAUUUUGGUUUUAUUAGCUAGCAUUUAUUUACUUUCGUUUUAUUUCUUUCAGAUUUA